GUUCCGGGCUUUUGCUCUGUUCAACAGCUCCGUACAUUUCUGCUGCUUCGGUUCACUUGAGGAUGUUGUUUAAAUAUCCAACUUGACUUGAAACUCACAUUGUAAAUCUAUUUAUUAUUUUUAUGCCUUGUUUAAACACGGACCUGCCGUUCUGUAAGGACGAGCCUUAAAAUAAAGCUUCAAGUUUGUUUGGGGACUAUUCAGCUAAUCGGCUAACAGCUAGCAGAGCAAUAAUGAUGGAAGGCUCAAAGCAGGAUGACGCGGAUUCUUUGCUUUGGCCUUCUCUGCGUCUGCUGGUCCCACCAAUACGAGUCAUGUCUGCUGUGAUGUGGCGUAUCAUACAGCAUCGAGAUGUGUUGCAGUACGGGAUGCUGGCGGACUUUGUGUCACUGGUUACUGAAGCUGUUCCAGAGCUCUUUAGCUCUUCGUGUGGAGUCAAGCUUAUUCUAGGACUGCGAGCGAAGCUAAUUUUGGAAUUGUGCCGCAGCAAUGAUCCAGUGGAUAUACAAGCAAUCCAGCCCCAUCUCAACAGCAUUCAGCUGUCUCUUCCUCUUGUGAAAUAUGGGGACAACAUGGAGGUUGAAGAGACAGGAGUUCACUUUGCUGAGCUGGUCCAUACACUCAUGAAAGACACUAAUCAGAGAGAGCACUUCCACCAGAAUGUUUUUCCAGUGGAGUUUGGUCCCAGUUUUGAUUCUUCUAUUCAGACACUCAUGUGGGACUUCUUGUUUAGACUCGAGCAGUUCUUGCCAGUCCCUGAUCUCCUGCAGACUGUGGGUUGGCUAACCUCUGAUUCUUCUGCUUUAAAAGACUGUGAGGAAUCCAUCAGUAACCCGGAUAAUUUGAGAUCACUGCUCCAUCACCAUAAGUGCCUUGGACAUCUCAACAAUUGUGCCUCAUCAAUGUCACUAAGCACUGGUGACUGCAUCCUGUCCGCACUGUCUGGCAACAAAGACAAAGUGGAUCAGAUGAGCACAGAUGAACUCGAUCCACCUGAAAACUCAGUUUCCACCGAGAUCCCUGUUUGUGUUAUGGACGGCACUGACGUCGAGACUGUAGUGGUCAUGUCCGAAUGGUCGGAGAUUGAAUUAGAAAGCAACCAUGUUGUAGAGGAACCUAGUGAGGAUAGUGGUAACCCUCCACAUCUUUCUGAAUCUGAACAGAAGGAGUCCCAGUCUAGUGAAAGCAUUGAGAAAAGUCAACUCAGGAGUGACAAGGACAGUAAUAUGGAGGGUUAUUUGGAGGAAUCGCCACUGAACCAUAAAGAAGACGAUCACCCCAGUGAUGACUCGAAACAAUCCAGGGAAGAUGAGAAUCUGUGUCCUGAGAUUGCAGAACCUAAACAGCUUUAUUGUCAUCAAGAGAAGAGACAUGCCCCCAACAAUUCGUCCACUCGGUCUAAACUCAUUGUUUCUGCUGGUGCUGCUAAGGAACCUGCAAAUAUUGCUAUUCCUAUUGCAACCCGCAGAUCAGCUCGAAAAUCUAAGAAGACAUGGAAGAUCAAAUUGGUAAACCUCCAGAAGCAGAAAAGAAAAACUGUUGCGUCUAAAGUGGGGAACAGCCAGAAACGGGAAAGAGGGCCUAUUGCACCAACCAGAAAUUCGGGAACUAUCACAGAUGAAGAUGAAGAAGCUCUUACUUUAAAUGAAAGGGAUUCCUCAGAACUGUCUGCAUCUCCUAGUAUUCUCACAAGUGAUGGAAAUGCAGAUACCUCCUCAAAAAAAUUCUCCUGCCCCCAGUGCUCAUUCACGCACGUUCAAGAGCGCUAUGUAAAAAGUCACUUAAAAAAGAUCCACCCUGUAGUAGAGCCGAGUGACAACGAGCCUCACGUGUGCAAGGUGUGUGGCAAAGGCUUCCGCUACCCAGGCAUGUUGAAGUCACACCAGCGCAGACAUACCGGUGAGCAGCCGUUCCAGUGUAUGGCCUCCCGCUGCGGCCGGCGCUUUUCCUACAUGCAGGCACUGCGCCGCCAUCGCCUGGUUCACAAUCCCAAGAAAUCGUUGAGGAAAAAACCUGACGAAGCCCUUCAGCAGGCUGAGCUCGAAACGAAGGAGCGGCCUCAGAACAACGAGCCCCGGGUUUACAACUGCCUGUACUGCAGUGAGAGCUUCAGCUCACUCACAGCCCGCUGCGAGCACUACAAAUCCCACCCUGAGGAGGAGCUGAAGCGCUGCAGUGACUGCGGGAAGAUCCUUAGCUGCCAGGCGGCUCUGAUCAGGCACAAGCGAGGGCAUAAUGAGCCGACCCAAAUUGAGCAGCCACACAUAUGCCCACUGUGCAACUCCAGUUUCUCGUGCACCACCAGUUUCAAGCGCCAUGCGCUCACACAUCAGCCCGAGAGGCCGUACCGCUGCAGCUGCGGGAAGGGCUUCACUUAUAAAGGCGCACUGCUGUCGCACCAGCGCAUUCACACAGCCGAAAAGUCUUACCAGUGUUCUCACUGCAACAAAUGCUUUUUCUACCCCGGAGAGCUGAGAAAGCACGAGAGGACGCACUCGCAGGAGAAGCCGUACCUCUGUCCACACUGCGGCAAGAGUUUUAAAAGAGAGAGGAUCCUCCGUGCGCAUGUAGCAGGCCACACCGAGGAAAAAAUCUUCAAGUGCUCCGUAUGCGACAAAACGUUCGCGUAUAAAGCCAGCUGGGCCAGGCACGUGCUGACACACACUGGCGAGAGGCCGUAUCUCUGCUCGGACUGCGGGAAAACCUUCUUUUCAUUCGGGGAGCUGAUGAAGCACCAGCGCUUUCACACCGGAGAAAAACCGUUUCAGUGCUCAUACUGUGACAAGAGCUUUACACAGGCCUGCUAUCUGCAGCUGCACACCAGGUACCACACGGGAGUGCGGCCCUACAUGUGCCCGCAGUGCAGCAAAAGCUUCUUCACUUCGUGCCGACUCAAGCGGCACAUGCAGAUCCAUACUGAUUACAAGCCUCACGAGUGCGCCGAGUGUGGCAAAAAAUUUAGACAGGCGUAUGUGCUUAAAGUGCACCGGCGCACUCACUUGGAGAAAGACCUGAAGGGAUGAAUAGUGACUCUUUGUGUUCAGUAAACAUCUUAAAUACUUUUUCUUUGAUUUACUUGAGUUUUCUUUUCAAGACGUUGCACUUUUAGAACUAGUUACCAAAUAAAUGGAGUUUUCCCAUGGACAACCAGAAUUUAUGUUCAAAACACUUGUUGAUGUUGAAGUUAUUGCCUAUGUACAUUACAGUCUAAACAGUCUAAAAAAAAGUUUAUUUAAGAUAUUUAGAAAAACUGCAUUUAAUUUCUAAAUCUUCUGCAGAUACAAGAUUAAAUUUCUGAAUCAGCACCUUUUUGGUAAUUCUGUUAUUUGGGUGAGACCUUGAACAGAUCGGUUUCAUUUAGACUGCAGUCCAGACCACCUUUAAAAAACUAGGCACAAGACAGGAACACACUCUGGACAGGGUGUCACAUAAACACACACACACUCACAUCUACGGCAUGGUGGCUCAGUGGGUAGCUCAGUGUCGCCUCACAGCAAGAAGGUCCUGGGUUCGAUCCCCAGGUGGGGCUGUCUGGGUGUGGAGUUUGCAUCUCCCAGUGUCUGUGUGGGUUUCCUCCGGGAGCUCCGGUUUCCUCCCACAGUCCAAAGACAUGCAAGUGAGAUGAAUUGGAGAUACAAAAUUGUCCAUGACUGUGUUUGGCGUUAAAACAUGUGAACUGAUGUACUUUGUGUAUCGAGUAACUACCGUU